AUGGCAAGAUUUUUCCUUUUAUAUCUUCUUCUGCUAUUUGUGCUGCAGGUUGCAGCUCAGACCUGCAGCAAGGAAAACCCUUGCGCCGCUGGCUGCUGUUCCAAGUAUGGCUAUUGCGGAACAGGCGAUAAAUUCUGUGGCGAGGACUGCGUGGACACUUGUGACUACAAGCUGGGCUGCGAUGCGAGGAAUCCAUGCAAGACGGGCUGCUGCAAUAAGUAUGGGGUUUGUGGUCUCGGGCCGGACUAUUGUGGGACGAACUGCGUUGCUGGCUGCGAUAGUAAAGCCGAGUGUGAUCCGGGCUUUGGGGCCGAAUGGGCUGAUGUUUCUUCUUGCCCCUUGAAUGUCUGCUGCUCUAAAUAUGGGUUCUGCGGUACCACGGCGGAAUUCUGUGGUGACAAGAAGGUAGAUCGACCUUCUUGCUCCAAGUCCGGCAGUCUCCAACGUGUGGUUGGAUACUAUGAGACAUGGAGCAGCCGCCGACCAUGCAAUAAAUUCUGGCCAGAGAAGAUCCCCCUUGGGGUUUAUACUCACAUUAAUGUGGCAUUCGCUGUCAUCAACCCCGAGACCUUUGAGAUUGCGCCCUCGCUAAACGCCGAUAUUGAUCUCUACAGGCGAGUGACUUAUCUCAAGACGAUUGAUCCUGAUCUCAAAGUCUUCAUUGCAGUUGGAGGAUGGGCCUACAAUGACCCUGGUCCAACUGCAACCACAUUCUCGGACUUGGCUGCUUCUACAGAGAAGCAAAAGACGUUCUUCAAGUCCCUUGUCAGAUUCAUGGCCACCUACAAUUUCGACGGAAUUGAUCUUGAUUGGGAGUAUCCAGUGGCUGAUGAUCGCAGAGGCCGCCCCGAGGACUACAAAAAUCUCCCCAUCCUACUGAAGAAUCUCAAGGCGGCGCUCAAAAAUACUGGAGGCCGGGACGGCCUCAGCAUCACCCUCCCGGCUUCAUAUUGGUAUCUCCAGAAUUUUGACGUCAAGCAGAUCUCCCAGCAUGUAGAUUUUCUCAAUGUCAUGACCUAUGACAUGCACGGAACCUGGGAUAAGGGCAACAAAUGGCUUGGGGCGUAUCUCAACGCACAUACCAAUCUCACAGAGAUCAAAAACUCCAUGGAUCUCCUCUGGCGCAACGACAUCCCUCCUGAGAAGGUCGUCCUCGGAAUGGCGUUUUAUGGGCGAGCUUUCACUGUUGUUGACCCUGCAUGCACUACACCUGGAUGCUUGUUUGCCUCUGGCGCUGAGCCUGGCGAAUGCAGCAGUGAAGUCGGUAUUCUGAUGAUCUCGGAAAUAGACAAAUUUAUCAAAGAAAAGAGCCUGAAACCUACACUUUACAAGGAUGAAGCUGUCAAGGCUGCCGCCUGGGACAAUCAAUGGGUGGGAUAUGACGACGCAGACACCUUCCAGCUCAAGGCCGACUUCGCCCGGAGUCAAUGCUUGGGUGGUGUUAUGGUAUGGGCGAUUAGCCAUGACCUACUGGAUGGCACCUAUUCUCGGGCACUCGCUACCGUAGCAAAUCGCAAAGUGGUCGCACUUGCCGAUCACGUCGAGCAGAACGACACCAUCACCAUCAAGCAUGACCAAUGCAAAUGGACUAAUUGCGGAGAAGGGUGCCCUUCCGGAUGGGUCACCGUUGACCGCAGUGACCGCGGAAAACGUGAAGGCGAGAUCAUGCUCGACGACGGCGGUUGUCUUGUGGAAAAGCAGUUCCAUGUGCUUUGCUGUCCUCCAGAUCAAGAAGUCCCCACUUGUGGUUGGUACACGUUCAACAACGGCCGCUGUGAGGGCAAGUGUCCAGAUGGAAUGACCGAGAUCGGCGGCACUAAUAGGGGCUGCACUACUGUAAAUGGCAAUUAUCAGGCUGCCUGCUGCACUACGGGCACCAAAAAUAUGGCCCUGCAUCGGAAGUGCGAAUGGGGGGCUUCCUUCUUAUGUGACCGUUACACCUGUCCUGCGCAGAAUCCCGACAUCCUCGCGUUGUCCUGCAACGGCAAUGGAGGCUCUGCCUGCGGUGGCGAUUGGAGAACCAACAGAAACGAGGAGCGCAAAUACUGCUGCGAUUCGGGCGAUGACAACAUGAAGUGGGAUGACUGCACAUGGGAGGACCACUACAGUGCUACUGGUCUAAUACUUCGGCCUGCAGGUACUCAAAGCUACUGUGCCUCAAACUGCCCCGCUGACAAGGUCAGGGUUGCGAUGGAACACUAUAAUACCUGUGCAAGGAAAACAGGUUCCCGGGCCAAAUGCUGCUCUCCCAAGUACACGACCACCAUCACUCCAGUAGACCCGUUGGUCACGCUAUGGGAAUCGGAUUUGACGGCAUGGCUGCAGAAUCCGACCUGUUCCAGCAGCAGCUUUAGCGAUUCAUGGCUUUAUGGUAGCUUGAAAAAGCGAUCAACGCCUUACGGGAUUUUCACGGGUCAUCCAACACGAGAUUUGGUCAUGGGUGGCCAAUAUGCCCCCUUUGAGAAGCGUCAGGACCAGUUGAUCCUGUUCUCAAGCAAUUCCAUUAUCAUACUCCUGACCGAUAUAAUCUUUGCCUACCGGUCCAAUUCUAUCGCGGCCAAAGUCUCUAAAGAAAUCAAAGUCUGGGAUAAAAUCAUUGGGGCCCAAUACACCUACCUGGCCACCUCUCAGAUGAUGCCGUUCCUGAUGAACCAGUGGGAUUUCUAUGGCACAGUUGCCACUGAUCUGGCCGGGGACAUCAUUUGCAAUCUUCCAAAAUGGGACGAGUUUAUCAAGCUCUGUACGAUGCCAGUAUCUGAGAACGUCACAUGUGCGAACAUUGAUCGUGAUGCCUGGGAUCCCGAGUACAGUGUAGAUCCGGAUACGUACGGCACCUCUUCCGGUUCCGCAGCAAAAAGGGCACUCACCCCCCUCGACAAGCGCGACGGCCAAUCAAGGCUGUUUACUGUGGACUGUGGAAUCGACCCCGUUACUAACCUGCGUCGAGUCAUGUAUAUUGAUUCCCAGCCAUAUCCUAACGGCGACGGCGGCAACUCUCUCGAACGGGCCAAUGGCUUAACCGUCCGUUUCGCCCUGGCUAACCCCGCAGACUGUACUGAUGCCACGAUUGAUCCUAAUGCGCCCAACAACAUUUGGGCCUGGGUUACGGAACAUAUACUGGAGCUUCAGCUAAUCCCUCGCGCCAUUGAAUUCAUGGUGACUGGUAUCCUACCGCCAGUUCAGGGGCUAGCAGAGUACAGAUCAAAAAACAAUUUACUUCCCUGGGAUGUUGCUCAACUGUUGGGCCUGGACUAUUCACAGUGGGCUGCUGGCAUCACUUCAGUAGCAGGCAGCCCCAUUAGCAGGAUCUUUGAUUCAUUGGGCUCAAAAGCAAAUCCUGGGGUCUUGGUAAACGCAGAAUCACAUUUGAAUUCGGUCAAAGGAAGAAUUUUCAACGGCAAACAGCCAUUUGGGGAUGACACAUGGGCUAAUGUGAAUGUCCCUGAUUUUUCCCGCGCCCCUGCCGCUUUAGACCAGAUCCGAGUUGUAAUCUCUGUGUUUGAAUAUCUCAACGAUUUCAAUGUCAACAGCAUACUGGGACGGGUAUAUAGUGGGACCUCUAGAGAAUGGCGCCUGUUUCAAUCUACUGUCAAUAAAGCCCGACCUGGCGGGAAAUACGACACCUAUAUCCUCUGGAGGGAGUUCAUGACAAACUUCUUUGGUCGUUUGACACUUUGGGUCAACACUUGGGUUGUGGACCAUCUGAAUCAAUUGGAGGAUACCUGGCGAGAAGUGUAUAACGUUGCACCAGACGCAGCCACCAGAGCCUCUGCGUCUGCUAUGCUACAGGAUAUUCAGCGGAUGAGGAUACGGAUACAGAAUAUCCAGUUUGACACGUCCGUGUUUUUUCUCCCCAACUGA